AUGUUAGUAGAGACUCCUACCUAAUACUAAAUUUUCUAGUUAUUCUCUUGCAUUUGUUAUUUCAGAAAAUUCUUCCAAUUUCUAAAUUAACUUAAUUUAUUUGAAUUUAUAUAAGGAAUCUUAAAAUAAGUUUUAAUAUUUAGUGAACAUGGGCGUGAAGUAAGUACUUUCAAUUUCAUGAAGAGAUCGGAUCAUUUUAUAUCUGGGAGUACUGAUAGUUCAAUGAUAAUAUGGCCAAGUAAUCAAAAUGGUUUAAGGAUUUGCCAAUAGAAAUUGAAUGAACGUACAAGUAAUAUAGUAUGUUUGUUAUUAAAUAAUAAUGAAGAUAUUAUUAUAUCUGGUAGUAAUGAUUACAAGAUUAAAUUCUGGUAGAAAUAAAAUGAAUGGUUCUGCUAUUAGACAAUUACAGAUCAUACAAGUACUGUAUUAGGAUUAAGUUUCAAUGAAUAAUCAAAUAAAUUUAUAUUUUGUGGAUAUGGUUCUUCUAUAUUAGUAUUUGAACAAUCAGAAUUGAAUAAAUAAUGGAUUGUAAUAUAAAAGAUUACAGUAAAAGAUUUUGGUUUUAGAUUAUGCUUUAUUGAUAAUAAAACAUUCACAUUCUAUCCUUAUGGGAAAGAUUACAUAGAAGUUUUUGAGAUGAAUAAUAGUAAUAAAUAGUAUACCAAGACAAAGGAUAUUCCUGUAAAAGGUGGUAGUGAUUAUUUUUUAUUUCUUUAAUAAUAUAUAAAAUCAAAAUGAAUGCUUGUGAUAAGAAUGGUUCAAAUAUUAGUUUUAUAAGGAAGAAACAAGAUGGAAAGUUUAUGAUUGAGGAAUCUAUUGAAUUUGGGACUCGUAGUAUUUUUGGAUAUAUGACUGAUGAUGGGCAGUAUUUGAUUACUUGGGAUGAAAAUUCAAAAGAAAUUCAGAUCAGAAAAUAUCAGGAGAAAUGA